UUUGUCUCUUUUCUUUUCCUUUUCUUUCGUCGCCGUGGACGGGAUGGUGGGUAUUUCUUGCUGGGGCUCUGGUUCUUUGGGUAGGGGGAACGGGGUGGAAAUUACUUGAUUUGCCUCCUGGCCAGGUAUUUAUACUGUUGUUCCGGUGUAAAUAUCUCCAGAAAUUGGUACUACGUACUACUCUCGCGCGGUCUCUCGUUUGACCUGCACGGCUCAGGAACAAUCAUGUUCACCCCUGUCCAUACCUCGUUGGGCGCCUUGCUCCUCUACCAGGGCUCUUCCGGGCUGCUCUUGCACAAUGGCGCCAUUCUGGGCAUCUCGUCCCUGCUCUCGGGCAGUCUCCUGCGACCCAGCUGGGAGAACGUGCCGAUCAUCGCGGGUCUGGUGUCCGGUCUUAUCCCCGUCGCCCUCUUCAUGCCGUCGUUGAUUCCUGCGUAUCCGCCUGCGCCGGCCUCGUGGCUGUCGCUGGCGUCGACCCUGACCGCGGGGUUCCUGCUCGGCUGGGGAACCAAGAACGGUCGAGGCUGCACAUCCGGCCACAUGCUGUGCGGUACCUCCCGCCUCUCCCCGCGCUCCUUCAUCGCCACCGCCAUCUUCUUCACCACCGCCCUGCUCACAGCCAACUUCUUCCCGGGCGUCCAGAGUGACAUACCAGCAUGCCCGGGCGACCUCCCGUGUUACAUGCCCGUCUACCCGACGUUCGCGGAGACCGGAUUCAUGGUGGCUAUGACGCUGCUUGCCUUCGCAACGAACUGGGUGGCCGUGCCUCGCACCUUCGACCGCUCCCCCAAAUCGCAGGCAAUCUUCGCCUACCUCGCCGGCCUACAGUUCGGCACGGGCCUGCUGUUCACGGGCAUGGCCGAUCCGCAGAAGGUUCUGCGGUUCUUAGUCGGCCUCACAGAUGUAUCGCGCUUCGACCCCUCGUUGGCGCUGGUGAUUUUGUUCGCCGUCGUGCCGUCGAUGGUGACCUACUUGUCGCGCAAGCCAGGACAGCUGAAGAGCCAGCAGGAGGAUGGAGAUGGGGUGGUUAAGCCAACACUGGCUGAUACCUGGAGGUUGCCCACGGCCACCGUGGCGGAUAUCGACUGGCGCUUUGUGGCUGGUGCGGCGGUGUUCGGCUUCGUCUGGGGUCUGCGCGGCGUGUGUCCGGGCCCUGCGAUCCUGCGGUCGGCGGUGCAGCCCACUUGGGGACUGGUGGAGAUGGCUGGGUAUGUGCUGGGGAACUUGGUAUAGAAUAUUUGUGUGAAGCAUGCGUGUACAUUAGAGGGCCUUUCCCACAGAGUUCCGGAAUAUUGUAUCAUAACAGUUGCUGAUUAACAUGGUGGAGUAGAGUC